AACAACACCAACCCCAACAACAACUCCAACAACAACACCAACACCAACCAUAACAACUACUACAACACAAACUACAACAGCAACACCAACCUCAACAACUACUACACCCCCUAAAACAACAACUCUAACCCCUACAACAACUACAACACCAAUUCCAACAACUACAUCACAAACACCAACAACUUCUACAACACCAACCUCAACAACAACUACCCCAACAACAACUCCUAUAACAACUACAACACCAACUACAACAACGACCACAACACCAACGACCACACCGACCGCUUCAACAAAUACUACACCAACUCCAACAACAAUUACAACACCAACCGCAACAACAACUACAACAACAACUACAACACCAACCCCAACAACAACUACAACACCAACACCUUCAGCAACUACUACACCAACCCCAACAACAACACCUUCCCCCACAACAACUACAACACCAACAACAACACCAACCCCGACAACAACGACAACUCUGACCCCUUCAACAAUUACAACACCAACUCCAACAACAAUUACAACACCAACCGCAACAACAACUACAACACUAACCCCUUCAACAACUACUACAGCAACCCCAACAACAACUACAACCCCAACUGCAACAACAACACCAACAACAACACCUUCCCCUACAACAACUCCAACAACAACUCCAACACCAACCCCAACAACACCAACUACAACUCCUACCUCAACAACAACUACAACUACAAC